AGAUUAACAGGCAUGACAGUUCCAUGACUUCUUGAAUAUUUAUUUUUCUUUAAAUUUAUAAAUAAUUCUUGAAGCAACAACAUGCUUGUUUGACUAAUUAAGAGUCAAUCAAACAAAUCUGCUGAUAACGUUUAAUCUAUUUACACUUUACACACACCAGCUCAGCUGUACACUUAAUUACACGUCUAAGACAAUUGUGUUGAAUGAAUUGUUGAUUUUUUUAUGAUUUGAAAUUUUGCUUAGUUUAAUUUUUUUUUGUAACCAUAUAUCCUCACUUGUCAUGAGUCUUUUGAACAGUUUAUAUCGACGAGUAGGCAACAAUUUUCCGACGAAUUGUUCGUCAUUAAUUAAAAGUGUUCGUUACAUUGGUAAAAAUCAUAAAAUCAUGAGUGAUAAAUCAUAUCGUGUGCUGUCGAUACAAAGUCAUGUCGUACAUGGCUAUGUGGGAAACAAAAGUGCUACAUUUCCACUACAAGUCCUCGGGUUCGAAGUGGAUGCAAUAAAUUCGGUACAAUUCUCGAACCACACCGGCUACAAGUUCAUCAAAGGACAGGUGCUGGACGAGAAACAAUUGGACGAUGUAUUCGCCGGCCUCGUACAAAACAAUUUACUGGACAAUUACACCCAUCUACUCACUGGUUACAUUGGAAACGAUCAAUUUCUGAGAAAAAUCGCCGAUAUCGUUCGGAAACUGCGGGAAGUGAAUCCGAAUAUCGUGUACGUCUGUGACCCGGUAAUGGGCGACAAUGGUGAAAUGUACGUGCCGAAGACACUUCUGCCAAUCUAUCGUGAUGAAAUCAUUCCAUUGGCCGACAUAUGCACCCCGAACCAGUACGAAAUGGAACUGUUAACCGGACAUGAAAAUAUCAAAACCAAAGAGGACACGCUGAAAUCGUUGAAUUGGUUUCAUGAACGGGGUGUGAACACGGUAGCUUUGUCGUCGACCAGUUUGGGAACGCCCGAUCAAUUACUUGCGUUUUUAAGUCAUCAAACGAAAGAUAAGCAACGGCAACUGUUUUCGCUAUCAAUUCCGAAACAAGGCAAUGGAAUCAAUUUCACCGGCACUGGUGAUUUGUUCGCGUCGCUAUUUUUAGCUCAUAGCAGCUUAUCGGCCAAUUUACAAGUAGCAUUCGAGAAUACAAUUGCAUCGCUUCAGGCUGUCAUUUCGAACACUAUUGCAGCAAUGCCAAGUGAUCUCGUCCGAGCCGGCAAAAUCGAAUCGAGGCAUCGGGAAUUAAAACUGGUACAAAGCAAAAACGAUAUCGAAAGGCCACAGGUGACGUUGGUGGCGAAACCGGAACAUUAGUGAUCAAUUGUGUUGGUGUGAUACGAUGUGUUCAUACCGUGUACAGUACAACUAACAUUCUGUAAAAACGGAAACCACAAAACUACUUUUUAAGUAUUAUCGCUCGUUGUUGAUGUCAUUGAAACCAAAAAAAAAAAAACGAAGAGAAUGUCUUAAUGUGGCUGGACAAUAAAAUUGUUAUUUUAUCAUUGCUGGUGUAUGCAUACUUUGUACCCCCAAGAAACUAUUAAUAAACGACUCUUGUGUGGUGCUUA